CAGGAACCCCGGCAGGUCACACUGCGCAGGGCGGUGGGGCACACGCGGAGUCGCUGGAGUGAGGGAGUGCUGAGUCGGUGCUGCCGCCGCCGCCGCCUUCUCCCGUACGGCUUCGGAGCCGCAGAGGUUUGUGGGGCAGCCACAAAAUGGAGGCGAACGGGAACGGCAGCGGGAGUAGCAGCGAUUCGGCUCCCGACUGCUGGGACCAGGCGGACAUCGAGCCGGGCAGCGGCGCCGACCCUGGGUCCGCCCCGCCGGCCGCAGAGGCCCAGGCCGAGCAGCAGGAGCUCCUCCUUGAUGCGGCUUUCAGCCGCCAGCUCAACGUGAACGCCAAGCCCUUCGUGCCCAAUGUCCACGCUGCCGAGUUCGUGCCGUCCUUCCUGAGAGGGGGGGCGGCGCCUGGACUACCGCCGCCCUCCCCCCCACCUGGCCUGCCGCCGCCCCCGCCCCACGGAGCAUCUGCAGAGUCUUCUCAAGAGGCGCAAACAGCAUCUUGUGAAGGUUCAAAUGUUGCUGUUAGUAUGGAAGUCUCAGAACCUGUUGUAGAAAAUGGAGAGACAGAAAUGUCCCCUGAAGAAUCAUGGGAUCACAAAGAAGAAACAUGUGAAGCAGAGCUAGGAGGUGGCCCAUCAGGAGAUGCAGGGCAUACUGAGGAGAGUGCCCAGGAAAUGAUGGAGGAAGAGGAGGAAAUACCAAAACCUAAAUCUGUAGUAGCACCACCAGGUGCUCCUAAAAAAGAACAUGUGAAUGUAGUAUUCAUUGGGCAUGUAGAUGCUGGUAAAUCAACCAUUGGAGGACAAAUAAUGUACUUGACAGGAAUGGUUGACAAAAGAACACUUGAGAAAUAUGAAAGAGAAGCUAAAGAGAAAAACAGAGAAACCUGGUACCUGUCUUGGGCCUUAGACACAAAUCAAGAAGAACGAGACAAAGGUAAAACAGUAGAAGUGGGCCGUGCCUAUUUUGAAACAGAGAAGAAACACUUCACAAUCCUAGAUGCCCCAGGGCAUAAGAGCUUUGUUCCAAAUAUGAUUGGCGGGGCUUCUCAAGCUGAUCUGGCUGUGUUGGUUAUUUCUGCAAGAAAAGGAGAGUUUGAAACUGGAUUUGAAAAAGGGGGACAAACAAGAGAACAUGCCAUGUUAGCAAAAACAGCAGGUGUAAAACAUUUAAUAGUUCUUAUUAAUAAAAUGGAUGAUCCAACUGUAAACUGGGGUAAUGAAAGAUAUGAAGAAUGUAAAGAGAAAUUGGUGCCAUUUUUGAAGAAAGUUGGCUUCAAUCCCAAAAAAGAUAUUCAUUUUAUGCCCUGCUCGGGACUGACUGGAGCAAACCUUAAAGAGCAAUCAGAUUUCUGUCCUUGGUAUAUUGGUUUACCAUUUAUUCCAUAUCUGGAUAAUUUGCCAAACUUCAGCCGUUCAGUUGAUGGACCAAUCAGGCUGCCAAUUGUGGAUAAAUAUAAGGAUAUGGGCACUGUGGUCCUGGGAAAGCUGGAAUCAGGCUCUAUUUGCAAAGGACAGCAACUUGUGAUGAUGCCAAACAAGCACAACGUGGAAGUUCUUGGAAUUCUUUCUGAUGAUGUAGAAACUGAUGCUGUAGCCCCAGGUGAAAACUUGAAGAUUAGACUGAAAGGAAUUGAAGAGGAGGAGAUCCUUCCAGGAUUUAUACUCUGUGACCCUAAUAACCUGUGUCAUUCUGGACGCACAUUUGAUGCCCAGAUAGUGAUAAUUGAGCACAAAUCCAUCAUCUGCCCUGGUUAUAAUGCGGUGCUGCACAUUCAUACCUGUAUUGAAGAAGUCGAGAUAACAGCCUUAAUCUGCUUGGUAGACAAAAAAUCAGGAGAAAAAAGUAAGACACGACCACGUUUUGUGAAACAAGAUCAAGUAUGCAUUGCCCGUUUAAGGACAGCAGGAACUAUCUGCCUUGAGACAUUCAAAGAGUUCCCUCAGAUGGGUCGUUUUACCUUAAGAGAUGAGGGUAAGACCAUUGCAAUUGGAAAAGUUCUGAAACUGGUUCCAGAGAAGGACUAAGCAUUUUUCUUGAUGACCCUGCACAAUACUGUGAGGAAAAUUGACUCUGCAAAAGCCUACUUCACACCGCCUUCUUCUUUCUGCCCAUUGAUAAACUUCUCCCCAUAUUUUGCAAAGACAAAUUUCACAGCCAAGGUCCACAUUAUGUCAGCUUUCUCAUAUUGAGAGCUCUGCUAUGCCAUUGUUGAAUUUCCCAAAAAGAGGGUUUUUUUCUCCCAAAUUCUGCUUCCUUGCAAAGAUUCGGCAAUAGCUUUGUAAGUGAUGUGGACAUAAUUGCCUAUAAUUAUGAAAAUCUAAAGGAUUUUUAAUGUUUAAUUUCCCCUGGCAUAUUAAGACAUCUUUUUUCCAGGCAGAUCACUCAGUGUGAGUGUGUGUACACAUGUUACAAAGACAACUACCAUGUUAAUAAACUAUUCAAUUUGAAAUCCUUUUUGGUAUUGGAAUUGCUUUUGAAUAAUGUUUUUUAUCUGGAUGUAACACUGUUGCAUUAGCUUUUUAACUUUCCAAGGAUUCUAAAUGUUCGAUUACUUGGAGUUUUCUAAACUCCUCAGCGGCUCUCUUCCUUCUCCCCCUCCGUGUUUUAAAUGAGGUACUUAGACAAUUGACCAAGUUUGUAUAAAAGGAAUUUGUUUUGCCCCAGCCUAAUGGUGGUGUUUAAUGCAUUCUUUAAAUUAAAUACCUUUCUGCAAAUGUGGCACUACUUUAUUAGCUUUAUGUUGAUUUAUAUCUACAGCAAACCUACGUUGACUUAACAUAAUUUCUUAGACACAGUAAGUUGGUUUUGAAUGCUAGAAUUACAUACUGUGUCUUUAUAAAAAGUACUGCAUAAUCAAAUUCUUAUCUUCAGAAAAUGCUAACAGUAAAUCAAUGGAAGCUGCAAAAACAUGGUAAUUGUGGCAGUAAUGCCUGCAUUGGUAUUUAACUGGGCCAGUUAAAAAAGUGCUAGUUCUACAAGUCACUUAGUUCAUUCUCUGUUAGAAGGCUGGAUAAUCCUUGCUGUUUUAAAGAUCUGUCUGAAUUGAGGGGAGAGACUAUUUAAGACUCUAAGUGUUUGCACAUAUUGAAAUAUAUGAGGUGCAGAAUCAAGUGCAGUCUGUACAUUUUUGCAUAUCAAGCCAAUUUAAGCUUGUGUAGACUGGUGAAGAGCUUUCUUGAGAAAGUAAAGCCAUAAGCAGUUUAAAAGUAAGCUUCCUCAAUACAGCUUGAAGGAGCUAAAUAUUAAAACCCUACGUAGUUCUAGGUAAAAGUGGACUAUAUCUCCUGUUGCCAUCCUGGUUCGAACGAUGUGAAAGAGGGUGAAUGGGAAAUGAGAGAAAAAAAAGUAUUAAUGGAAAUCUCCAUUAUUAAUUUAAAGGGUUAAUUUCAGAGCUUCUUCAGAAUACUUUUCCUUAAAUUAAAUAUUUUGCAAUUGUAAAAUUAAAUAGUGGUGAGCCCUUGCCUUUCCCAGAAGCUGACAGUCACAUGACUGUUUCAGUUUACAGAACUCAAAAUUUUAAAGAGUUUUAUCCUUCUUGUUUCUUUGUAACUGUGGAAUUCCCAUUCAUUUCACUUAAGGCUACAUUGUAUGGACAGAGCAAGUUAUUGUCCUUCAGUUUCAUAUGAUUACACUUGUAGCUACCGUAAUGCAUGAAAUUUAAAUAAAUUUUAUUAAGUCUGCAAA